CUAUGUAAAAAAAAUAAAAAUCUGAUGUUUGGAAAAUGUUUGAAAGCGAUGAUUGGGAUCUCGAUCAGGAUUUUUUAAAUGACGUAGAUGAUAAAACAAUUAAAUAUUGUUCUCAAAUAGAUAAUCAAGGAAGUGAACCUAAAAGACGUAAAGUAGAAAAAAAUAAUGAUCCUACUUCUUCACUGAACAAUGAUACAGAUACAUGGGAAGAAAAUACUAUCAACACAACUACAUUGAAACAAAAUGGAAAUAAAGAGUCAAGAAAGAAUUUAAUUCUUGGAAUGUUUAAUAAGAAUGUUCCAGAUAAAAACAUAUCACAAGAUGUGUCAAGUGAUCCAAAAAGGUCAUAUGAUAACAUUCAAACAAAGGCACAUGCCAGUAAUACACAGAAUUGUGAAAAUAAUCAAUUACCUAGAAAAAAUUUAGUACUUGGAAUACUUAAAAAUAAAAAUAAACAAGAUAAAAUUAUAGAAAAUAAUCCAAAAAAUAUAGAAUUGAGAAAAUUUGAACCAAGAAUUAACAAUAAUGGUAAUAUCAAUUCAAAACAAAGAAGUACAGCAAUUAACAACAAAACUAGUUCUGAAAUUUCUAAGAGUAAUUUUAAAGUACAAAGUAGUUCAAGUAAUGAUAAUUCUAAGCAAUAUUUAUUUGGAAAUUCCACGAAACAAUUGUUGUCUAAUGUAUUGAAGCAACCAUCUACAAGUAAUAUAGAAUUCAAAAAUGGUAGUUCUAACAACAGCAAGUUCAAGCAUCCACCAGUGCAAUCUAAUAAAAAGUUAACACUGGUCAGAAAAUUUCCUGGACCAGCUGGUCUACUACCAGAUGAUAUAGACACUAUUCCUUGUGUUUCAUAUUUAAAUAGUUUAGAAGAAAGUGAGAUAGUAAAUGAAGAAAAUGAUUGUAAUAGUUUGUCUGAAUAUUGUUCUCAAGAUACAAAAAAUCUAUUUACAGAAGGUGCUUGGCAAUUAUUAUUAGAUGAUUUGCCAAAUGAUUUUUUAAAAGGUCAUGAAAUUGCUACUAUUAAACAAGUGGCAACUCUGAAUGGCUUCAACAAUACAAAGGUUGAUUUUUUGGCAGGAAUAAUAGAACACAUAGAUUACAGUCAUGACAAUCCUCCUAUUGUUUUAAAAGACUUUACAGACAGUAUACAGGGAAUUGUGCAUAGGGAUGUACCACUUAAAUAUCCUGGGUUGUUGGAAUCUAAUGUUGUUGUGUUACUACAUGAUGUAGGUCUUUUAAGGACUUCUAGAACUUUUGCUUCACAUAAGUAUCAAAUUCUAAUCUCACCAUCUAGUUUACUAGCAAUUUACACUAGUAAAGGUACAAUAGAGCAUACACAAUAUAUGGAAUCAGUUUUUGAAAAUAUUGCAGAUGGAAGAACAAAGAAACAAGAAGAAGAGAACAAAGAGUGCAUAUCUGCAAAAGUAGCACAUUCAUCAAAAUCUAGCUUCCAAUUUAAUGUAAAGAGCAAUAAUAACAGUAAAGGAUCAAUAAAUUCCAAAAAGAAUACAGAAAAUACAAAUAAAAAAGAAUCAGAUUUCAAUACAAAUAUGAAUGAAAAAAAUGAAAGUAUAAAUGAAUCAAUGGAUUAUGAUACUGACAUGUCUUUUUCUAUUUCUCCUAAACCAAUUACAGAUUCACAAAGUGAGAAAAAAUUUAAUAAUUCAACAUCUAAGAAUUUAAAACAUAUAAAGCAAAAAAGUGAGAAACAGAUAAAUGUACAGAAUGAUGAUAAAGAAAGAGCUGAAAAUUUAUUUAAAAGUUUAAAGAGAUUUUCUCCAAAUGCAAAGAAACUACUGUCUAAAAAUUCCAAAGUUUUCCAAACGAAUGCUGGGCAUUCAGAACCAAUGAGCAUUUGUUCUAAAGAAAUUGAAUCAGAAGUAUUAAAUGAUAUGAUUUCUCAAAAAAUGGAUGUUCAGGAAUUUGAUAAAAAUAUGUCUCCAAACAAAGUAAAAUCUAUAGUAGAAACUGUUCCUUCAAUUUAUUAUAACAAAACAGAAAAUAAACAGAAAAAUAUACGAUCUACAUUGCUGCAAUUUAAAAAUGCAGAUGUACUAACUCCUCCAGAAAUAGUUCCAGUGAAAAAAUCGUCCAAAGAUUCAGGGUCAUUGCAUGAUAUACUCGGCAAUACCGAAAAUGACUCUGACGAUGAAAUAUUGUCUCAGUUUGAUAUGGACACCAUUUGCAGUAAUUACAAUGAGAAAAGUUAG